CUGUACUUCAUGUCGGCACCUCCUCUGUCCCCUCUCUUCGCCCCCACAGCAAAACCUUCUGCUGCCAACUAUGGAACUCUCUUCCAUUAGGCAUCUGUAACAUUAACACUCCAGAUCCACACUUAAAAGUGACCUUGUGACUGCCUACAAGAAGACGAAACCAUGGGGAAUACAAGCAGUGAGAGGGCUGCAAUGGGCCAUGGGGAGAAGGCUCAGCGAAGAGACAGCCGGGGAAUCAAAGAGGGGGAAAGGCCUAAAAUCCUCAUGGAUAGCCCAGAGGAUGCUGAUAUUUUUCAUGGAGAAGACAUAAAGGCCCCUCUGGAGAAGGAGGAGUUCCUUGCUUGGCAGCAAGACAUCGAAUCAGAAGAUAAAGGCCCAGCUGUAGACCGACCAACAGUUUUUCGCUGGACAGGGGAUGGAAAAGAGGUCUACAUCUCUGGAUCUUUCAACAACUGGACCAAUAAGAUUCCCCUCAUAAGAAGUCAGAACACAUUUGUGGCAAUUGUAGAUCUACCUGAGGGAGAGCAUCAGUACAAGUUUUAUGUAGAUGGCCAGUGGACCCAUGACCCAGCUGAGCCUAUUGUGACCAGCCAGCUUGGCACCGUUAACAAUGUCAUCCAGGUGAAGAAAACAGACUUUGAGGUGUUUGAUGCUCUGAUGGUGGAUUCACAGAAAUCCUCUGACGUGUCAGAUUUGUCCAGCUCUCCCCCUGGCCCAUAUCAUCAGGAAGCUUAUGUUCCUAAACAGGAUGAAAAGUUUAAGUCUCCACCUAUACUCCCUCCUCACCUCCUCCAAGUCAUCCUCAAUAAAGACACUGGCAUAUCUUGUGACCCUGCAUUACUUCCAGAGCCGAACCAUGUCAUGCUUAAUCACCUUUACGCACUCUCAAUUAAGGUGAUAAACCAACACAAAGUAGUUGUGAAGUGAGAUGAAGAGCAAGCAAUACACCCUGCAAACACACCACACAGGAUGGAGUGAUGGUGCUCAGUGCAACGCAUCGCUAUAAGAAGAAGUAUGUCACCACUUUAUUGUAUAAACCCAUCUGAUGGCCAUCUGUUUCAUUCCAUCGGUGUGUGCACUAACUGUACACCAAGUGUGCAAAAUAUUUCCACGAAGCUUUUUUUUUUAUACCAUGAAAUACAAAAAAUAGACAAAACCUGUCUCACACCCCUCGCUGGUCUUUAAGCUGAGAAACAACUCUGAAUGAGACAAAUGAUAAUAUUUACAUUUUUAUAAAAUAAUCUCCUGAUCCCUCACAAAAUUCUAAUUCUUUACAGUGCAUAAGAAGAGAUGGUACGUUAUAUUAAAUGAUACAUUUAGAAAUCUUCAAACAUACUAAACACUGCAAAUAACAUUUCUAUAAAUAUGCUUUAACAAGACUGCUUAUGGCAGGGGACAAACAGGUCAGUAGUUCUGAGCCCAUGGUGGAGUGGGAGCCAACCAUGAAUUAUAGUUUUUUCAAAAAAGGCUUUUUGUUCUUUCUAAUUGUAAUGCCCACACCCACUACCCCCUCCGCCGACACAACUUCUGACUUUAAGUCCAUUAAGCCGCUCCAGUAAAUUAUAAAAUGCUCGGCUUGCUACAGGCAGAGAGAGGAAAAUAUGAGUCUUCGAUCUGUCGCUUCGCUUUGGGUCAGACAGCUGCUCCAUCACUUUGAUAUUAAGGAAUGGUACUGUUUCUGUCCCAGGAGGAACACGCCUCAAUCUGCAGGUAAUAACUUACCUUCUGUUCGCUCUCUAAUCCACUGUAACCUACAGGUAACAGCUGGUCCUCGUUCAGCUUUGUGCCUUUUCUGCAUUUUCUGCUAAAAUGGCACAAACUCUGCCAGAGACCUGUUGUGUAUUUUAGCUAGUGGAAGUUAUUGUUAGAACAUUUCCUUUAAGUUACAUUUGGGGGCUGGUAAACACUAAUGGUUGAGCUGUUUCAUAGCUUGCUCUGACGUUACUACCAGGUGGUCCUCAAACGCAGCAAGUAGGUUCUGGGCUGGAGGUGAGUGGCUGUGAAUGCGAUGAAGAUACUGCUAAAGGAAAGUUUGGCACAAGGCUGAAAUCUAAACAAAUCAUAAAAUCAGAAGCAAAACAUAAACAUUAUUUGGAUUACACCAGCAUGUAUGGAAAGCCAAAAGUGCCACAAUUCAAUUAAAUAAAAAAAAGUCCCAAAAAUUAUAUUUAUACAAGGAAAAACAAAAAAUUGAAGAUACAUGGAUCAGAAAAAAUGUUUAUCUGUUGUGUAAUUUACUUCAUUGUCAUGUGCUGCAGAACAGCAUGAAUUAGUUUUAUCUCUAACUUACACAUCAGUCAUUUCGCAGGACAAAAAGUAGUAUAGAAAUGGUGAUUGGUCUACAGCUGAGUUGCUGUGCAGCGUAACCAAUCAGUUGUUAGCGUUUCUUUACUGAGACACAGCUGCAGUUUCAGUUAUUUCAUUAUGUAGCAUAUAAAAAAGUAAUUUAAAAACAAUUUUUUAUGUAUGAUUUAUUUUAUGUAGAUUUCCCAGUUUAAUUAUUUUGUCAAGUAAUAAAUUGAGACCAUUAUAAUUUAUUGAAAAGAAUAUAUAUCUAUUUGCUGUAUACGUUUCCAAUUUUAUUCAGAUGAUCACAUAUAACAAUGUAUUUAAUAACUUAUUCAUUUUGGAGAUUUGUGUCAUUGUAAGCUUUCUACAUCAGCAAUGUCAUGUAGAAUCUGUUCCAAGGAUGAAAACUAAAAUAAAUCCAAAGUAUGAAGCAGAUAGGAGGGGGAAGAAGGGAAAAUGAGGGUAAGGAAGAAUAUGUGAGGAGAAAGAAGUAGACAGAAUGCAGUGUCAAUCAUGUCUUUCAGUGGUAAAUAUUAAUUUUCUACUAGUUACAAAAUGCAUAGGGUGGGGCCCCAUCUCAGAUUAUCUUGUCCUGGGCCCAGGGAAGGCUGUCAGCUGGCCUGUGCUUAAAGAGGUCCAAUUAUUAAUGACAUUACCUUAAGCUUUAUGAACCUCUGAAAUUAGCAACGUCCUUCAUUUUUUUUUUUUUACAGCUAAAACUGUUACAGUGGUGCUUGAAAAUGUAUGUGAAAUCAGUCUGAAAUCCUCAAGCCAAGAUGUAAUCCAAAGGUGAAAUUAAAGUUUUAGUAUUUUCUGUCUAUGGGAGGAAAACAAUUGCAGAUUGGCAUAGUGAAGGAAAAUCGAAGUCUUAUCAGGUCGGCAAAGGGGAUUACUUAGAACCUCAUACUGAGAGUUGUUCAAUCUUAUCCUUAGCUCAAUCCUAAGCCUUAGACAUGGUUUCUGUCUGCAUCAGUUUUAUCCUCCACUGAAUAAAGAAUUGUGGUUAAUCAACCGUUGCUAACAGACUUGCAUCCCGCCCUCUCAAAAGUAACAAUCCAAUUCCUUUGGAGAUGAUGCAAUGCGUAGGUCGAAUGCUCAAAGCAACACAGUGAGCAAUGCUGUGAAGGUUGCAAAAAGAAAACCCACUGUUCUACAAGAUUAUUGCUUUGUUUUUGUAGGUUAAACUUGCAUUAACAAAACAGGAGGCUGAAGGGAACAAAAUAUGACAAAAAGAUGAUAAAACUAUCGUGUGAGAAUAACAUUUACUCAGCCUGAAGAGAGAAAGAAAGGAAAAAAGAAAAACAGAUGAUUGAUGAAUCAGUGGAAAAAUGAUAAGGUGACCUGUCUUUACAUUUUGCUUAACAUGACUCAUCCAUUUUGAUUAAACUAUAAAUGCUGAAUAAUACCUAAAACAAUUCAACAAACAAAUUGAACUGCCCUGCUCUUCAAAUCCGUCCUCCGUGGAGUGGCCAAAUAUCAGCCAUAUAUGUGGACUGGCGACCUGUCCAGGGUGUAACCCGCCAUCUGCUGGAGAUAGGUACCAGCUUCCCCGCGACCCACUGCAGAAGAAACGGUAUAGAAAAUGACUGACUGACAUUGAACUGCUUGUAAAAACAUAUCUUUCAUCCAAAAAGAUCAUUAAAGUAUAACAAAUGGAAACCUAAUGUUGUUGGAUCAUAUUGGAGGAAAAAAAGGUCAAACAUCUGUUCAAAGUUGGCAGUUUUUCAAGAACUACUGAGAACAGAUGAGCACUCUGAUACUUAUUUGUACUCUCUGUAUAUCUAGUCAUUGUAAACAUCUGCCUAAGGUUGUACAUGUCUCAGUAGCUCCAUUCCUAUUUAAUAUGCCUUUAUUUGUACAUUGAUUUCUGGGAGUAUCUUUGCUAAGUAGAACACAGAAGCAAUAAUGAUUUGGUAGGACACUGAAAUGAUUUUAAUCAAAACAAAUAAUGAAAUGUUCUCUUUUAUCAUGCUGAACGAAAUAUGUAUAAGUAUAAUAUAUGUAUAAAUAUAUCUAUUGCUGUUUUCUUUCCCAUGGCUGAGAAGACAAAAAGUCAUUAAUCAAGAAUGUGAACCUUCAGGUUAUGGACUGAAAGUAUGCACUAAGGCAGUUCUCUGUUUAUUGUCUUGUGCUGUUUAUGUUGAUGGUGAAAUGUAUCAACUGCUGAACACAGAGGACAGAGUUAACAUAUAUUUUAUAGUGUAUUUACAGGUGAUCUUUUAUUUAAAUUUUAGUUGAUGUUUUUUUGUUGACCCAGUUUAUUUCACCUAUGUUGAUUGCCUUGUUUGGUAAGAACCAUUUCACUCAAAUAAAUGUUUAACACUUGUUUCGAUGUUGAAUUUGUGCACUGAUAACAUGACAAUGUACUGAUACCACUGUCAUAUUUUUUUCACUUUUCUGCUUGAUGAAAAUAUUAAAUUAAGAUCACAACAA